UUCCUCUCCCCACCAGGCCGCUUUCGGGCUGCUGUUCCCAGCGGUGCCUCAACCGGCAUCUAUGAGGCCCUGGAACUCCGGGAUGGAGACAAAGCCAGAUACCUGGGCAAAGGGGUGUUGAAAGCCGUGGAGCACAUCAACAAGACCAUCGCCCCCGCCCUGAUUGAGAAGAAAUUGAGCGUUGUUGAACAAGAGAAGAUCGACAAGAUGAUGAUUGACUUGGAUGGCACUGAAAACAAAUCCAAGUUUGGGGCCAAUGCCAUCCUGGGGGUCUCCCUGGCCGUCUGCAAGGCUGGCGCAGCCGAGAAGGGAGUCCCCCUCUAUCGCCACAUCGCGGACCUGGCUGGGAACAAGGAACUCAUCCUGCCUGUCCCCGCUUUCAAUGUGAUCAACGGGGGCUCCCAUGCUGGCAACAAGCUGGCAAUGCAGGAGUUUAUGAUCCUGCCCGUGGGGGCCAGCAACUUCAAAGAAGCCAUGAGGAUCGGGGCCGAGGUCUACCACAACCUGAAAGGCGUCAUCAAGAGCAAGUACGGCAAGGAUGCCACCAACGUGGGCGAUGAAGGUGGAUUCGCCCCAAACAUCCUGGAGAACAACGAAGCCUUGGAGCUGCUGAAGAGUGCCAUCGAGAAAGCCGGCUACCCGGACAAAGUGGUCAUUGGUAUGGAUGUGGCCGCCUCCGAAUUCUUCCGCAAAGGCAAAUACGACCUGGAUUUCAAGUCCCCCGAUGACCCAAACCGCUACAUCACCGGCGAGAAGCUGGGCGAACUGUACCAGAGUUUCAUCAAGAAUUACCCGGUCGUCUCCAUCGAGGACCCCUUCGACCAGGAUGACUGGGAGACCUGGAAGAGCUUCCUGACUAAGGUCCAGAUCCAGAUCGUGGGGGACGACUUGACCGUCACCAACCCCAAGCGCAUCCAGAAGGCCGUGGAGCAGAAGGCCUGCAACUGCCUCCUGCUGAAGGUCAACCAGAUUGGCUCCGUCACAGAGUCCAUCCAGGCUUGCAAACUAGCCCAGAGCAACGGCUGGGGUGUGAUGGUGAGCCACCGUUCCGGGGAGACAGAGGACACCUUCAUUGCUGACUUGGUGGUGGGGCUGUGCACAGGGCAGAUCAAAACUGGAGCCCCCUGCCGGUCAGAGCGCUUGGCCAAGUACAACCAGCUGAUGAGGAUUGAGGAAGAGCUCGGGGACAAGGCCCAUUUCGCCGGGCGCAAGUUCCGGCACCCCUUGGCCAAGUAAGCGAAGACGCCGACCCACAGUGGCCGCCCUGCCUCGGGAGAGCCCGUGCCAACUUCCACCUCCCUGAGACGCUGCACUUGUUGCCUCGCAUGCAAAAGAUUGGCAGGAACCUUCACCAGAGCGGCCCAGAUUCCAUCGUGGUUCCUGCAUUCCGGCUCUUGCAUGAACAUGCACACAACACCCCCUCUGAAGAGCCUGCCCCAAAACCUACCUCGGGGCACUGAAUAAAAAGGCAGCAAAAGGUGCCAGACCGUG